AAGUGCGAAAAAAGUGUGGAGUGAGAGUGACAUCCAAGGGAUGAAAGCAACAAACUUGAAUGCAGUUGCGCUUUACCGAGCUUUCCGGGAAGGCUUGGACAAGAAGGUGCAAUGUGUGAAAGGUCGUGUGACUGUGCAAAGUUACACAAAGUUUUGUGAAAUAUGUGAUGCUGCACAGAAGUACUUGGAUGGAUACUUGAAUGAAACACCAUGCAUCAAUGAAGGGGAGGAGGAUUCUGCUUCCUUUAAACAAUUGAAAACCUUCAUUCUUCAAGUCAUGGAAGAGCAUUCAAUGACGAAUUUGAAAGAAGUGGUAGCAUUCAAAAAUGAAGAACUUGAAGGUGCUGCUGAUGAGGAAAACGUUGAUGAUGCCGAACCACAACAUUCUCCAACAUCCAGCAGCCUAACAUCACAUCCAAACACUCCAGCUACUCUGUCUGAUCCUUCGGCAAUGGCUUCCUCAUCAGAUGAUACAGAUGAUGAAGUUGUUCCUGUUCAUUUCAUUGAGAAGCCUUCAACCACAUCAUCUACUCGUCAGGAUGAAGUGUCUUUGGAAGCUGUGAUAUUUUCAGAAAGAGAUGAUGCAAACACCAAGAAUGAUCCUGUUCCUGUUGACAAAACCCCAUCAAGUGUUACUGCAGGGCCAUCAUCAACUACAACAGAUGCUGCUUGUGCAGAAUCAAUGGACGAGUCCUCAGAAACACAUGAUGCAAACACCAAGAAUGAUCCUGUUCCUGAUGACAAAACGCCAUCAAGUGUUACUGCAGGGCCAUCAACUACAACAGAUGGUGCUUGUGCAGAAUCAAUGGACGAGUCAUGUUCAUCUGACUCCUCAGAGUCCUCAGAAACAUAUGAAAAUGCCCUUCAAAAGGAUGCUGCGGGACUGAACAUGCUGGAACCAAUGUCAUAUCUGGCAUUGGUUGAUGAGAAGAACUUCAUCUCCAACCAAGUUGUGCCAUUCUUGAUUGGGCUGCAAGAAAGUGGUGACAAACUGUCAGAAGAACUGCGAAAACAACUGGAUGGUUUGAGAAUCACCCUUAAUGACCACACUUUGAAAGGACCAUAUGAUGCUGACCCCUUCAAGUACACUCCAUCAGAUACUAAGGAGAUCCUUGAAUGUACUGAUGAACAUUGUGAUGCAAUGGAUAGGGGAUGCCAGAUGUAUCGUCAAGUGUACGAAGCACACUUCAAGCUCACGGUUGCCUUGUUCCUGAGGCUGUUGAAAGUUGAUGCCUUCUACAAGGAGAAGGAAGGAGAAUACAAGCUGGAUACCAACAAUACAAUAGUUCCUGGAUCCCUCCGCUUCAUUUCCACUGGCAAUGAACCUGACAGACGACCUGAUGAAUGGCAUCAAUAUCGCCUUGUUCCUGAUCUUGUUGAGAGGAAUGUGAAAAGUGGGAAAAUUGUUGAACGAUACCACAGAAGGAGCACAACGCCCUUGGACAAGAUUAUUGAUUUUAGUCCAAUAAGUAACAUGCCAUUAGAGGAAAUGCAUCUGUGCGACGGUGGUGCUAUCCCAGCAACAUUGCGCUUACUAUUCAACAUAAAACCUAAGAAAGAAAAGAAGAAGAAAGCCGUGAAGAAAAGAAGAGUCAAACAUGUGAAGAAUAAGCCUGCAUUGGAAGGCCAAAGGAAAAUCCCGUUACAAACUGAAGGUGUCAUAUUAUCUUCCAAUAAAAAAUCAAACAUGUCUUCUGAGGCAAAUGAUAUUUCUUCAAUGAAUGAAGAUUAUGUUAGUGUUUUCAGUGACGACAUGAACAAAACUGUCACUGAAGGCUUAGUCUUAGAUGAUGGUACUGUAGUCAUAGAAGAUAAAAUGGAGUGCUUCUUAACAUUCAAAAAAUACUACAACCCGCAGUAUAUUGGGAAUUUCACGGGACAAGGAGUGGACGGAAAUCUGGACGUUCUUUAUGAACGUGGGUCAAGUAUGCUCCCAAUUACCUUACUAUCAGAGUGUGGGAAGUAUGCAUUGUAUCCUCAACCAAAAAAGAACCAAGGGAAGGAUUCCAAGCAUCAGGAACCAGAUCUCUCCAAGCCCUGGGAUAACCUCUCGGAUUAUGAUGAACAUUUACCCAUCACCAAACCAAGGAUUCAAGACAGGAGCUAUGUUGCGGUCAAGAUUAAGCGCUUCCUUGUGAAUGGAUAUGUCACAACUCUCCUGGCAUUUACCAGAAACAUGUGCAGAAAAGGGAAGGAGCUGUUGAACCUAGCAUUUGGACGCCAAUUAGCUGCUACCUCUGAGGAAAGCAAUGAAGCAGAAGAUACAUCCCAGAGGGUGAAAUGGAUACAGAAGAUGUUGGAGGAUCACCUCAACCUAACCCCACCACCAAAGAACCCUCUGCAAGCAGCUUUAGGACGUGAUGUAAAACUUCCACUGGAGAAUUGGGAUGCAGUCCUGAUUAUGAAUAAUCUUCUAAAAGAAAGUCUCAAGGACUUGAACAAGAACAAACUGUUUGAUGAGACGGUACUUGUAAAAUCUGUUCAUGUGUGA